ACUCCUUGGUUGCUUUUUUGUCUCUAUACUGCAAAUCUCGCACAAUCUCCUUAUCUCCUUAAGCCUUAAACCCUUCUUCCUCUCCUCUCCUUCCUCCCUUCUUCUUCACCUUCUCCAAAAAUGGCUGCAACAAUAAACUCUUCAUUGAAUACCCUUUCAAUGUCACAUACUUGCUUCACUUCUUCCCUUCAAACCCCCUCAAUUUUGAACCCUAAUUCACUUUGUUUUUCAAUUCCAUUAAAACCCAUUAAACUCAAUCUUUCCCUUUCGAUUUCCUCAUCUUUCUCUAAUCUAAAACCAAAACUAUCAUCGAAAAUUAUCACCCAUGUUGCUCAAACCUCUGACUGGGAACAAGAAGGUUCAAAUGCAGUUCUUGAAGAACAUUCUGACGAAGAUGGGGUCAAUUAUGGUACUGAAUCUCAAGAACAAGAAGGCGAAGUAGAAGGAAGUGAAGGGUUUACUGUACCUCCUGAAGAGGCUAAAUUGUUCGUGGGUAAUUUGCCUUAUGAUGUAGAUAGUGAGAGAUUGGCUCAGCUUUUUGAUGGGGCUGGUGUUGUUGAGAUUGCUGAGGUUAUUUACAACAGGGAGACUGAUAGGAGUAGAGGGUUUGGGUUUAUUACCAUGAAUACUGUUGAAGAAGCUGAAAAGGCUGUGGAAAUGAUGAAUGGAUAUGAAUUGAAUGGAAGGUCCUUAACAGUAAACAAGGCUGCCCCAAGGGGCUCACGUCCAGAGAGACCUCCUCGAGAGUUUGCUCCUUCUUUCAGAGUCUAUGUCGGUAACCUUCCAUGGGAUUUGGACAAUGCUCGCCUUGAGGAAGUAUUCAGUGAAUUUGGGAAGGUUCUAAGUGCCAGAGUAGUUUUUGACAGGGAGACCGGCCGUUCACGUGGAUUUGGCUUUGUCGCUAUGGCUUCUGAGUCAGAGAUGAACGAUGCCAUUGCUGCUCUUGAUGGACAGACCUUGGAUGGAAGAGCUAUCAGGGUAAAUGUUGCCGAAGAAAGACCAAGACGCUCUUUCUGAUUCGCUCCAUGACCGCAACUCUGCUGUUUGAUAGUAUUAGUUUCUCUCUUUUUGCCCCCUACUCUUUUGGUUGAGACUAUUUAUCUGCUCAUAAUUUUACAGCAGCAAAUCCAAAAACUGCUGUAAUUUUAGUGAAUGCAAUGACUGAAAUUAUGGUAACACAAAAUCAUUUGAUAAUUUUAAUGUACGGAAUUUUGUUUUUCCUUAUGGUGUUUGCUCCAAGGUUGGAGUAACGGUAAAUAGGGCCAUUCUGAGAACGCAGUGUUUCCUUA